AAAUGGUCUAAGGGUUUAACUCUCAAAAUCAAAAACCUCUCCGUUUUUUCCUCUCUGUUUAGCUUUGAAUUCACAAGAGUCAUGCGAAGAUUCAACUGGGUUCUGCGGCAUGUACAAGCUCGAAGAACUUUUGAUUCCGCGAUCGGAUUGCGUCAAGGGUCUCAGAAGCCGUUGUUCGAGCGAUACAUUCACGCUACAGGUAUAAACAACUCCAGUGCUCGUAAUUACUAUGAUGUUCUCGGUGUUUCUCCUAAAGCUACACGGGAGGAGAUUAAAAAAUCAUUUCAUGAGCUUGCGAAAAAAUUCCACCCUGAUACAAAUAGAAAUAAUCCGUCAGCAAAAAGGAAGUUCCAGGAAAUAAGAGAGGCAUAUGAGACCCUGGGAAAUUCGGAAAGAAGAGAAGAAUAUGAUAAGCUGCAGUAUCGGAAUUCGGAUUAUGUAAAUAAUGACGGUGGUGAUUCAGAGAGGUUCAGACGUGCAUACCAGUCCAAUUUCUCGGAUACUUUCCACAAGAUUUUUUCUGAGAUAUUUGAGAACAAUCAGAUAAAACCUGAUAUUCGGGUGGAACUGUCGCUUUCUCUUUCCGAAGCUGCAGAAGGGUGCACAAAACGUUUGUCUUUUGAUGCAUAUGUCUUUUGUGAUUCCUGUGAUGGGCUUGGCCACCCUAGCGAUGCUGCCAUGAGCAUUUGUCCAACAUGCAGGGGGGUUGGACGAGUAACUAUUCCUCCUUUUACAGCAUCAUGCCAGACGUGCAAGGGGACGGGACACAUUAUUAAGGAAUACUGCAUGUCUUGUAGAGGAUCAGGUAUUGUGGAAGGCACAAAGACAGCUGAACUUGUGAUCCCUGGAGGGGUGGAGUCUGAAGCUACAAUCACAAUCGUAGGUGCUGGUAAUGUAAGUUCAAGAACAAGUCAACCUGGGAACUUGUAUAUCAAACUAAAGGUUGCUAAUGAUUCAACUUUCACUAGGGAUGGCUCAGAUAUAUAUGUGGAUGCUAAUAUUAGCUUUACACAAGCUAUUUUGGGGGGCAAAGUUGUGGUGCCAACACUUUCAGGCAAGAUACAGCUAGAUAUACCAAAGGGGACUCAGCCUGAUCAACUUCUUGUUUUAAGAGGCAAAGGACUACCGAAGCAAGGCUUUUUUGUAGAUCAUGGAGAUCAGUAUGUUCGCUUCCGCGUUAACUUUCCUACUGAAGUGAAUGAACGUCAGCGUGCUAUACUGGAAGAGUUUGCAAAGGAAGAAAUCAACAAUGAGUUGAGCGACUCUGCUGAAGGAAGUUGGUAAGUAAAUUUUAUUAUUGUGUUUAUAACAGCAUAUUGUGUGUAAUAUUAGAUGGUUAGACGUAAAUGGACAUCUGGUAUAAUUCACCUCAAAGGAAUGUAGUUGGUUACAAUAGAAGAAUUAGUGAUGCUUAUACAUUACUGGUACAUUUUCUAGGCCUGCUUAGAAAUAAGAGUUAGAAAAGGCGGAUAUGUAGAUAACAACAAGACAUAAUUGAAAAAUGAGAUACCUAGGUUCUCUUAUAAGAAAUAACUAGAAGCUCUAAGGGAAACAGUGUAAGAAAGCCAAAAUGUCUGUUGGGGCUUUUUCUUUACAUUUUGAUUCAACUGAAUGUUAUUUCCUCACUAGCGAUUGUUCCUUAUAGUAAUGAAGAAUCAUGAAUAUGAACCAAACAGGCUUUACCAGAAGCUCUCUACUGGUUGAACUUACAGGUGGAAUCUAACGGGUCCUCAGAUCAUCCGCGACUUCUCGUUAAUGGUGCUGCUGGCGCUAUUGUUGAGCAGGUUAAUGGGAUGAAGCCACCACGAGAGAUGAAAGAUAAAAGCAUUCAACAGAAGACAAAUGAAGACUAAUUUCAUCUAUUGCUGGUAGAACAAAAAGCUCACCAGCAUAACAGAGAGUGUCAUUGUUUGACCUCAUAAUUCUAUUACAAACUCAUUUGAUGUGAAUAAUAAGAGACAUCAAACAAGUUAAGCUG